AUGACACCAUUCACACCUUUGGACUUCACGGAAUCCGGCGUGCUCAACAACAUAUUUGAGGAGAACAUUAUCAGCAGUGGAGGGUCUGGGAAGGUGCACCGUGUCCACCACCCUAGCCUUCACGGUCUCAUUGAGGAUCGCAGCAGCAGAAUAAUGGUUGUUAAGAAGAAGGGCAGCCUCGACGACUGGCUGCACCAUCAUGACCGCAAGGGCGCCCCUGCACCAUUGGACUGGCUGACAAAGCUGACCAUUGCUAUUGAUGCAUCCAGAGGCCUCAACUACAUCCACAAAGAGUGCAGACAGGCUAUUUUCCAUCGGGACAUCAAGUCAGGCAACAUUUUGUUUGACCCAGAGUUCCAUGCCAAGAUCGCCGACUUUAGGCUUGCCCGAAUGGUUGUCAACCCACGCCAGUCCCACCACAGGUCAGCCAUUUUUGGGACACACGGGUACAUGGCCCCUGAUGAGAAUCUCAAAUCCAGCAAGGCAUCUCAAACGUUUCUGUUGAGAUCUAACUGA